AUGACGAACAACAAUACCCUUACCUCCCUACUGAAUAACAAUAGACUAACCGGGUCUAUUUACCUAGACUGGAAGCAAAAGAUUAUACUUGUUCUGAAAGCAGAGAAAAUCCACAAUGUUCUUACUUCUGAUGUACCUCAUUUACCCAAAACCACUGAUGGGGAUGACUAUAUUGCCUGGGAGCCCUUCAGACAGAAGGAUGCUUUAGCCACCGACUACAUACUUAGUUCUAUUGACAAGAGCAUGCAAAGUUCAUGUGAUGACAUGGAGACCGCCAAAGAAGUGAUGAAACAUCUGGAGACAACCUUUGGCAAGCAAGAUCCUCUUGUGCACCAAAGGAUAUCCUCAAUGUUAUUUACAUCAAAGAUGGCUGAUGGCACCACCAUCCUGGAUCAUAUGAUAAAGCUUAAUAAGCACUUCAAGGACCUUGAGGGUUUUGGCACUUUGUUUGAUCUCGAUUUUAAAAUUGAGAUCAAUUUUGCCUCACUCUCUGAUGCAUAUGGGUCAUUCAUUAUGUAUUACCAUAUGAAUAAAGUGGUGAUUAAGAAUGUCUCUGAACUUACUAACAUGUUUGUUGAAGCAGAAAGUAGGCUCAAGAAGAGUAAAGUUGUAGCUCUUGUCACUGAGAAAAGUUUUCAGUCUUCAAAGAACAAAAAGAAGAAAAGAACUAAUAAAAGGGAAGAAAUGUAA